AAGGAGGCAGAAAGAAGAAAAGAAGACAGGAAAGAAGGAAGGAAUAAGUCAAGCAAAGAUAUUGGGGGACAAUUCAUUCAUUCAUCCCUCCAUUCAUUAAUUAAACAAAUAUCUACUGAGUUCCCAUCAGGCCCCAUUCUAGGCACUGAGGACGCGAUGAGCAAGCUCGAGUGACUGGUGACUGACUCUCAGCAUUUCCAGGUGACUUUGGUGUGUGCCUAUGUACGUGUGUGUACAUGUGUGUGCAAGACCGUCUGUCUGCAAGGGCCUGCUGCCGGCCCACCUGUCUUCCCGGGGGGCCUGGUGCUUUUAGCAUCUGUCCCUGGAUCCUGUUGCAGCCCGAAAUAAGGCUGUGAGCCACGACAAGGCAGGAACGAUUCUCGUCAGCUGAGGCCAGAGCUGGCUGCAGGGCACAGCCUACUUGCUGACCACAGACCACCGGCGGGGCCGCAGCCGCCGACUCAACUCUCAGCUUCCCAACAGAGGUGUUAAUCCUGAGGGUCUGAUCCUGCCUCCUGUUUACUGUGGUCCUGUCUCUCAGGAUGAUCCCCAAGGAGCAGAAGGGGCCCGUGAUGGCUGCCAUGGAGGACCUCGCUGGACCAGUCCCUCUGCUGGACCUGGGCAAGAAGCUGAGCGUGCCCCAGGACCUGAUGAUGGAAGAGCUGUCGCUCCGCAACAACCGGGGAUCCCUCCUCUUCCAGAAGAGGCAGCGCCGCGUGCAGAAAUUCACCUUUGAGUUUGCAGCCAGCCAGCGGGCGACCGUGGCCGGAAGCGCCAAGGGGAAGGUGCCUGGAGCAGCAGAGCCCGGGACGGUCACCAACGGCCCCGAGGGGCAGAACUACCGCUCGGAGCUCCACAUCUUCCCGGCCUCGCCCGGGGGCCCCGAGGACGCGCAGCCCGCAGCCUCCGGGGCAAAGAGCGCCCGCAGCCCCAGCGCCCUGGCGCCAGGCUACGCGGAGCCCCUGAAGAGCGUCCCGCCCGAGAAGUUCAACCACACGGCCAUCCCCAAGGGCUACCGCUGCCCGUGGCAGGAGUUCAUCAGCUACCGGGACUACCAGAGCGACGGCCGAAGUCACACCCCUAGCCCGGCCGAGUAUCGGAAUUUCAACAAGACCCCGGUGCCCUUUGGAGGACCCCUGGUGGGGGAGGCCAUGCCCAGGGCAGGCACCCCCUUCGUCCCAGAGCUCACCAGCGGCUUGGAACUCCUCCGCCUGAGGCCCAGCUUCAACAGAGUGGCCCAGGGCUGGGUCCGCAACCUCCCGGAGUCCGAGGAUCUGUAGCCCCAGCCUGAAUCUUCAAUUCCCCAGUCUCGGAGUUUGGGUAACAUCUGGAGCCAAGACUCAUGGACAGCACUUCACAGUUUACGAAGGGCCUUCACAUACAAAACCCAUUGCAAGCGGCCUCAAAGGUCACAAAGUUCACUAGUCCCCAAAUGUGGUGUGCUUCAAAAUUACCUGGGGAUGUUAUUUUUAACACAAAUUUCUGUCCUGCCCCAGACUUGCAGCAUCAGAGACCCCGGAGUGGGGCAGUCUCCACUAGUAACUAGUACUCCCAGGUGAUUCCAGUGUCCCUGGUUUGUGUCUUUAGGAAUGCCAACCACCAACGAAUGCACCUCCUGCCUCCACUCCUCCCUGCUCCUGCCCUCCAGCGUACACUCUCCAAUCACGGGGAGCUCACUAGUUGCCAUUUGCCUGUGAAUAACUCUGAUAAUGAGAAAGUUUUUCCUUUUUCUGAGAUGCAGUUGGCUUUAUCUAUUCAUGCUGUAAACAUUUACAAAACACCUACUGUGUGCUAGACACUGUGCCAGCCCCAGGGAGUGCGUGUGGUGAAUAAGCCAGGCCCUGGCCUAGAGGAGGGAAAGACAGACUUGUAAAGCAGUAAAUCAUCUUAAUUUUUCCCUGAAGCGUGCUAACUGACAGUUGAGGAACAAGGCCCCGCGAGGCUGAGCAGGGGGCCUCUCACCCUGGGUGUGGGGUGGGAUUCUGGGAAGCUUCCCAGAGGACGGGAGUGGGAGCUCCGGGGAGGAGAGAGGCCAUCAAGGGAAGAGGGUGUUCCCGGCAAGUGGACCAGCCCGUGCACAGGUGCGGGAUUGUCAUAGAUGCAGGGUGUUCUGGAGAAGGGAGAGGGCAACGUUAGAGGAGUCGGUGCCUCCUUAGAGGGCUAGAGUCGGGGUGCUGUACUAAGGAAGUCGGGGAGGGUGUUGAGCUGGGGAGGGAGGUUGCCAUGUGAGGCACAGAUUGGAGGGGACUAAGGCCGGAAGCCAGGAAGACUUCAAGGAACAAGGCCUGGACUAGGGAGGUGGCCAUGGGGAUGCAAAGUGGGGUCACCCCUCUGCACACCUCCCAGGACAGGUGCAAAGUGCAAAGUGCACUUAUAAGGACUCCUUCUUUCACCUCCUUCUGCUCACAAUGCUGAGCAGGCCCCUGGGUGGAUCUUCUCCUGGUCCCCACAGGAGUAGCUCGGGGCUCUGCUCCAGCUCAUUAGGAAGAGGAGAGAAAGGAAUGGCUCUUAGUUCAAGUGACGGUGAUGGUGAUGAUGGUGACGAUGAUGACGACGAUGAUGAUGAUGAUGAUGGUAGUGGCUGCUUUUUACUAGGUGCCUCAGUGCUAAGGCUGGGAGUAGUUUCUCUACAAGUCCUGUUUCUAAUUUUCGGUACAAACCUGAGAGAAAGGCAUUGUCCCAUUUUACAGACAUGGAGAUCCAGGCUCAAAAGGGGGAUGUGACUUGUCUGGGAACAGAGCCAAAUGGGAAUCUGUCUGAUUCCAGUGGCUGUCUCCUUUCCUUGCACUGAGUGGCCAUGCCAAUGCCCGCUCACUCUGGAAUCACCUCAUCAGGGUACCCUGCCUUAGAGUUUAGAGGUUAGAGUGCAGGCUGGGGAGUCGGACUGGAUGGGAUGGGUUCUAACUGCUAGCCGUGUGAACUUGAGUAGGUCAUUUCUCGUGGGUGGGCCUCUGUUUCUCCACGUGUAAGAUGAGAACAAGAGUCGGAGCCCGUGUAUAGAGUGGCUGUGAGCACAGUGAUGGACACAGACACAGUAACUGCUCAGUCACUGUUAGAAUUCACACAACUACUGCUCUUGACUGGAAAGAUGUUCUUGCAGGGGAUGCAGCUUGAGAAGCAGGCUGCCAGGAUGUCACUGGGGGUCAGUAAAGCUGAGACGUGAAGGAAAGCUUCUGAUCCUGUAGGGCUCCCUUUGGACAUGAGUUACUCCUUCCUCCGCCUCCCUCUGCCUCCUUCCUGACUCCUUCUCUUGGGAGAUGAGGUGAGGCACCCAGCUGGCUCCCAGGGUGCGUGGGAUAGUGGUUGCAUUUUCCUUUGGCUUUGGGGUUCCACUGUGCCCCACACAGUCUCAAGAGGUCAGCAGCUUAGAAUUGCUUGUAAUCAAUGUAUUGUCUUGAAUUUGGAGGCUGCUGUUUAAAGCCAUGUUUUCGUGAGCUGGAAACCAACCAUUAAAGUGUCUGAAACAUAGAGGAGAGGACUCGGCCUGCCUUGGGUUGGCUCUGCUGUGCUCUGGAGGGUGAUGACAGCCACCAGGUACAGAAGAGGAGAGCCUGGCAGGGAGCCUGCUGCAUCCCAAAACUAAUCUUCUUCCUUUCUUCUAAUAAUGUGACUUUUGCUGAUGUUGUAAAAAAAAAAAAAAAAGAAUCCUUAUUGUAAAAAUGGAUAAACAAAUACAUAAAUAAAGGAAGACAUAACAUGUAAAAGUAUCUGCCCACAUAGCUCCUCCCAUGCACACACACAGACCUCCCCACCCUCCUGCAUUCUGCCCCAUUCCCACAUACCUGAGGUAACCACUGGUAACAGUUUGGUCCUUCCAGAAUUCUAGAAUUGUUUGAAUAGGCAAAUAUGCACAUGUGUGUAGAUGCAUAGGUACAAUGAUAUGUCUUUGUUUUAAUGGGAUCAUACUAUAUGUAUUAUUCUGUAUUUUCCUUCUUUAUUCAACAGCAAGUAAAAUUUGGGUCCUGAUAAAGCAGGUCAUUAACGUUUCAUGUAAUUUGGGGGCCUAAUAACCCCUUCAUAUAAAACUCUAUACUUUU